AUGGGGAUCGCCUACUUCUUAGACCCGUCCCAAGAUCCGCGCGGUUUCGUUGACGAUGACAGAAAUAAAACGAAGAACCAGAUCCGUAAAGUGGCGAAAAGGCUGGGGUUCUCAAAAGAUGAAGUUGAUCAAUGCUUUAAGGAGGCUGGUGUCUUUUGGAAUCGGAAGCGGGACUGGACGCCGAAGCAGCGGAGGACCGAAUCGCGUACGGCCCCCUUAGAGUGGUGGGGCGAAGAGCGUGACAAGUACCCGAUUUUGUCAAGGAUUGCGCGAAGGAUUUUCACGAUGCCGCCAUCGUCGGCAGCGACGGAGAGAAAUGGGAGUACACACAAGUACAUCUACUCAAGUUGUCGGUCUCAACUUGGUCUGGAAAAGGUCAACAUGUUGGUGUCGCUGUACUGGAGUCACAUGGAGAAAAAACCGUUGCCACCGGUUGUGUACAACCCA